AUGUCAUACUCCGGAAGGUCAAGGUCUGACUUGAACUGCAAACCCCGCAGUUACACGCCGUCCUUCUCGUGGUCUUCUCCGAGUUCGUCCUUUCCAAGUUCUGUUUCGUCCUCUCCGAGUUCAUCCCUUCCAAGUUCUCCGAGUUCUGUUUGGAGGUGCUCUUCCAGCUCAAGGAGCCCCCAACGGAGUGACGUGGAUAAUCCUAUGAACAAUUUGCAUGGUAGGAGAGGGCGAACUCCUACUUCAGGAAGAGGGCAUCAAACAAUUCCUCUGCACCACAGAACCCCCAGCUACUCACCUCGUAGAUCUCAUAUGUACUCUAACCAUCGGAGGCAUUAUAGUCGGUCACCUAGUUAUUCAUCUGACCUAAGCAGGAGAAGGUCAUACUCUCCACAUUACAGUCGUCGGAGGGCAUCUCCUUCCUACAAUCGUCGGAGGGCAUCUCUUUACUACAGUCGGCUGCCCAAAACAUACUGUACUCAGUGCAAUCGGUAUAGACCUUACUCUUACAGCAGGUCACCAGUGAGACACCGUUACCUGGCCGACUCACCAUAUGACUCCAGAGAGUAUUCACCAGAUGACUCUUACCACGUAAGAAGGUAUCGCCAUGGAAGGCGGUCUCCUAGUCCACUUAGGGCAAGGAGAAGGUCAAGGAGGAGCUACUCGCAUAGUGUCUCUCCUAGGCCUAGGAGGAGUUACAGGAGGAACUACCCCAGACUUUCUCCUGAACCAAAAAGGAAGACAGUAAGGGAGAGCCACUCUCCAAGUUCAUCUCGUAGACACAGGAGCUCGAGGUCUUACAGGCGUUCGCCCGGGUGA